ACAUGGGUAUCUUCACCUUUCUUUCUGUUUUUAUUCUGGAAACCAAAACAAUUGAAUCUGAAAUUGAUUAGGGGAAAAGGGUAAACGAAUAAAUUGUUCUUCAGUGGUGAACUCAUACUUAUCUUUUGGGUAGGAUUGGGAAAUAAUACUCAGAUUUAUCCUGGAAAGGGUGACCAUGAUCACUACAAAGCUUGAUUCAGAAGAGUGAAAUGCCUAUUGGAUUUUAUUCUCAAACUGGCCAGUCUCACUGGAUUGUUAAAAAACAAAAUUCAACUUAGUACAUUUUAAAGAUGUUAUUGGUUUUAUUCAGCAACUCAUGAAUUGGGCAACGCUCAAUCCAGUAGAUAAAAAGAAGUCCUGAGGAACUGGACAAGAUGAAAGGCUUACAGGCAGAAGGGAGCAGGAGGGAGGCAGUGACACUAGUGAAAAAGCGGAUUGUUUGUUGCUAGGUUACUUUUCCUAAAGGGGAGGGGAGGGCUUUAUCCAGCAGCUUACCUAACUAAUGCUGAUCAGGCGAUUCCUGAUUGGCUAGUUUAAGUUUCCAUUUCUGGCAGAGCUGAAACUGUGAUGAAAUUAAGUUUGAUGACCCGGGGAUUAGCAUAAGCGACUCCAUUUUGAGCCUGUUGUCUUGUUUUUAACAGGUGGUUGAGUGAGUUCAGGGGCUGUGUGGGACUGACCCAAUUCCUGCAGAAGAGGUUAUGACCAGAGAUGACCCACGUGGGGAUUCAGGUGGCAGCUCGAAAGCAUCAGGAAUUCUGGAAACCCAAGGGCAUUUUGUGGGUUGCCCUUGACACUGUAAUGCUUAUUUGCAAUUUACUUUGAAAGGAGUGCGAUGCUAAUUCUGGGGCAUUGAUGGUUUACAAUGCCUGAUCAAGACAAAAAAGUGAAGAACACAGAGAAAUCAGCCGAUAAGAAACAAGGAAUCACCACCAGGGACUAUUCAGAUCUAAAAAGACUUCGGUGCCUUUUGAACGUUCAAUCAAGCAAACAACAGCUCCCAGCCAUUAACUUCGAAAGUGCGCAGAGCAGCAUGACGAAGUCUGAGCCCGCCAUCGGGGCGGCCGGGCACAGGGCUCGAGGGCAGUGGCACGAGUCCACGGAAGCCGUCGAACUUGAAAAUUUUAGUAUACACUACAAGAAUGAGAGAAACUUCAGCAAACACCCCCAGCAUAAACUCUUUCAGGAGAUUUUUACAGCCUUGGUGAAAAACAGACUCAUAUGCAGAGAGUGGGUUGAUCGAGCCCCGUCUCUCCAUUUUCUGAGAGUGUUAAUUUGUCUGAGGCUGCUCAUGAGGGAUCCAUGUUAUCAGGAAAUACUCCAUAGCUUGGGUGGGAUUGAAAACCUCGCUCAGUGCAUGGAGAUGGUGGCCCACGGGUACCUGAGCCACGGGGAGGCGCAGCACAGCGUGGACAAGCUGGUCAACAUGACGUACAUUUUUCAAAAACUCGCUGCUGUCAAAGACCAAAGAGAAUGGGUCACCACAAGUGGAGCCCACAAGACAUUAGUAAAUUUACUCAGUGCCCGAGAUACUAAUGUUCUGUUGGGUGCCCUUCUGGCCCUGGCUAGUUUGGCUGAAAGUCCAGAAUGUAGGGAGAAGAUAAGUGAACUCAACAUUGUAGAAAAUCUUCUGAUGAUUUUACAUGAAUAUGACUUGCUUUCCAAAAGGCUGACGGCGGAGCUGCUGCGCCUGCUCUGUGCCGAGCGCCAGGUCAAAGAGCAGCUGAAGCUCUACGAGGGGGUGCCCGUGCUCCUCAGCCUGCUCCACUCGGACCACCUGAAGCUGCUCUGGAGCGUCGUCUGGAUCCUGGUUCAGGUCUGUGAGGACCCCGAGACCAGUGUGGAAAUUCGCGUCUGGGGCGGCAUCAAGCAGCUGCUUCACAUUCUGCGAGGAGACAGAAAUUUUGUUUCUGAUCGUUCGUCCAUUGGAAGCCUGUCUAGUGCCAAUGCCGCAGGCCGAAUCCAGCAGCUUCACCUGUCAGAAGAUUUAAGCCCUCGGGAAAUACAAGAAAAUACUUUCUCUCUGCAAGCAGCGUGCUGCGCAGCCCUCACUGAACUGGUGCUCAACGACGCCAACGCCCAGCAGGUGGUUCAGGAAAACGGUGUAUAUACAAUAGCAAAAUUAAUUUUACCAAACAAACAAAAGAACGCAGCAAAAACUAAUCUAUUACAGUGUUACGCAUUCAGAGCCUUGAGAUUUCUCUUCAGUAUGGAAAGAAACAGACCCCUCUUUAAAAGACUUUUCCCCACCGACUUGUUUGAGAUCUUCAUUGAUAUUGGACAUUACGUUCGUGAUAUCGCUGCUUACGAAGAAUUGGUAUCAAAGUUGAAUUUAUUAGUGGAGGAUGAACUGAGGCAAAUUGCUGAGAAUAUCGAAAGCAUUAAUCAGAAUAAAGCUCCUUCGAAAUAUAUAGGCAACUACGCAAUUUUGGAUCAUCUUGGAAGUGGAGCUUUUGGUUGCGUUUACAAGGUUAGAAAGCGUAGUGGUCAAAAUCUUUUAGCAAUGAAAGAGGUCAAUUUACAUAACCCAGCGUUUGGAAAGGAUAAAAAAGAUCGGGACAGCAGUGUAAGGAAUAUUGUUUCUGAAUUAACCAUAAUUAAAGAGCAGCUUUAUCAUCCCAACGUUGUACGCUAUUACAAAACAUUUCUGGAAAAUGAUAGUUUGUAUAUAGUUAUGGAACUUAUAGAAGGGGCCCCUCUUGGAGAGCAUUUCAGUUCUUUGAAGGAGAAACAACGUCAUUUUUCUGAAGAGAGACUAUGGAAGAUAUUUAUACAGCUAUGCUUGGCUCUUCGGUACCUGCACAAGGAGAAGAGGAUCGUCCACAGAGACCUGACGCCAAACAACAUAAUGUUGGGGGACAAGGACAGAGUGACCGUCACUGACUUUGGCCUGGCAAAGCAAAAACAAGAAAGCAGUAAACUUACAUCUGUUGUGGGGACAAUUCUGUAUUCCUGCCCCGAGGUGCUGAAGAGUGAGCCGUAUGGGGAGAAGGUGGACGUCUGGGCGGCAGGCUGCAUCCUUUAUCAGAUGGCGACUCUGAACCCUCCCUUCUACAGCACCAACAUGCUCUCCCUGGCUACAAAGAUCGUGGAGGCGGUGUAUGAACCAGUGCCGGAAGGCGUCUACUCUGAAAAGGUGACCACCACCAUCAGCAGAUGCCUCACGCCGGAUGCAGAAGCCCGCCCAGAUAUUGUAGAAGUCAGCUCCAUGAUAGCCGAUGUCAUGAUGAAGUAUUUAGAUAGUUUAUCCACAUCCCAGCUGGCCCUGGAGAAGAAGCUGGAACGAGAACGGAGGCGCACACAGCGGUAUUUUAUGGAAGCCAACCGGAACGCCGUCACCUGUCAGCGUGAGCCUGCCCUGCUGUCUCACGAAACCUUUGAGAAGGCAAGCUUGAGUAGCAGCAGCAGUGGAGCAGGCAGCCUGAAAAGUGAGCUUUCAGAAAGCUCAGACCUGCCCCCUGAGGGCUUCCAGGCCCCCUGUGGGAAGGACGAAGACAGGGCCUGUGAUGGAAUCUUGUCAGAUGAUACCUUCAACCUGGAAAAUAUUGACAAAGAUAUAUAUUCAGAGCUCGAUGAUGAAUUGGACAUUUCGGAUAACUCCAGCAUCUCCAGUUCAAGCCCUUUGAAGGAAUCUACAUUCAGCACUUUAAAGAGAAGUUUCAGUGCUUCAGGAGGAGAAAGACAAUCCCAAACAAGAGACUUCACUGGUGGAAUCGGAUCAAGACCGAGACCAGCUUUGCUGCCUCUUGACCUGCUUCUGCAAGUGCCACCCCUCAUGCUCAGGGCCCACGUUAAGGAGCUAGAGGCCGAGGUAGCGACAGGGUGGCAGGCCCACAGCCUCCCCGCUGUGCUUCUUCGCAGUCUCAGACACCAUGGGCCACAGAUGAACACAUUCCUGUGGCAAGCAUCUGCAGGAAUUGCCGUGUCCCAGAGGAAAGUACGUCAGAUUAGUGACCCCAUCCAGCAGAUCUUAAUCCAGCUGCACAAAAUCAUCUACAUCACUCAGCUUCCUCCAGCUCUGCACCACAAUUUGAAAAGAAGGGUUAUAGAGAGAUUCAAGAAAAACCUCUUCAGCCAGCAGAGUAACCCUUGCAACUUGAAAUCUGAAAUUAAAAAGUUAUCUCAGGGAUCUCCAGAACCAAUUGAGCCCAGCUUUUUCACAGCAGAUUACCAUUUAUUGCAUCAUUCAUCAAGUGAACACAGCCUGUCCCCAAAUAACUCAACAGGUCUGCCCACCAGCUUUGCUCUGGAGGAGGGCAUCACUUAUGAACAGAUGCAGACUGUGAUUGAAGAAGUCCUAGAGGAAAGUGGGUAUUACAAUUUUACUUCUAACAGGUAUCACUCCUAUCCCUGGGGCACCAAGAAUCACCCAACCAAAAGAUGAAAAUGCUGCAUUUUGAAAUGGAUGUGGUUUUCCCAGUCAAGUUCAAGUUCUGGACUUAAGGCACUGCUGCAAGAUGCCCAGGGGUGGGGAUCUGCUAGAGGAGUGUGGAAGAGAGAAGACCAGCCUGCCUCGGUGCCAGCAGGGCCGCUUCCAGGAGGUUCAUCCCAGGGGUGUGUUAGAUGCAGGAUGACGGAGCUGUCAGCGUGCCCCUGGGAGAAGAUGCUGCAGAAUUCACCUGUGAGAAGGAAACCCACUCCUCGCCGAACUGUUCUCCAAGUUCAAACCAAAACAAAAAAAAACUUGCCCUAUUUUUCAAAGGAAUAUUUUAUAUUUUUAGAAUUGCUGAAACUAUUUAUGUAAAGGCAUCUAGCCUUCCACAUAUAAAAAAUAGUAUUAGAUAAAAUUAUAGGACUCAGAAGAGUGAAUAUAUUGGGUGAUUCACUGAGCCCUCAAUUUUUCUGCUCUUAAAAGGAAUUCAGACUAUAUGAUUGAUUUUGUAGUUUUUUGUUUGCUUUCAUGAAAGGAUUGGUUUUCUCUCAACCACUCGGGUGCUAGUGGUCUUGAGCCCUAAGACAGCGUAGACAGUAUUUGCAACCUUGCACAGCCUCUGAGAAUAAUUGUCGGAUUUAAUUUGGACUGAUAGAAGAUACUGACCUAUAGUAUGUGUAUACGUACAUACAUAUGUAAGGGUAGGAGGGAGAUUUCCAUUAGGCUAAUGCUUUGCUGCUAAUCAAACUCAUAGUGUUUUUAGAGCACUUUCAAGAGUCAUAGUCUAUGAAAGAGAUGCGAUAUUCUUUAUUCUGAGUCCCUUGUAACUAACAUUGCCUACGUUGGUUUUAAGUUUUUAUUUUUUAAGAACUUGAAAUGAAAAUAAGUUAUAUAAUAAAAAUAUAAAUUUCUUCUUUA